AUGCUCCCAGAUGCCCGAGGUAAGGACGUCCGGCUCGAGUCACCGCCGCCACUGAACCCGCUUCACGAAAAGUUCGACUCGUGGCUGACGACGACGUUUGCUUCAAGCCCACACUGCCGCAAGGCCCGCAAGCGCACCGCGCGGCUGUUGCGGCCACUUUUGGGUCACAGCGCAUCGGCGCCAGCAGCAGCAGAUAUAGUCCACGCAGAGAAGCAGCUGAGCGCCAAGCCCAAGCGCCCCGUCACAUCCUUGCCGUCGAUCGAGACGAUCCAGCGCCAGCGGCUGGCGGCGCUUGUGGCCGAAGCCAGCUACCGCUCGUUCAGCUAUCCGAGUCGCCUUGGACUCGGACCAGGGCUCCUUUUCACAAAGGCGCUGGGAACGCUUGCGAACACGGACGCGAUUCUCUUGCCUGCGACCUUGGUGCGCGAAGACAGCGGCAUGUACCGACUUGUGUACUCGAAUGCGGACCAGCGCAUCUGCACGCGUGAGUACACUUCCAAAGCCAACGUUGAGGCCGACACACCGCUUCUCCUUCGGCUCUUCACGCGCCGGCAGCAAGCCAUUUGCGCCGUCGUCAAGACGUACGACCCGACGACACGUACAAACACGCUGGACCUGCUCGAGACGCGACAGGACGUUGCCCGCGCACUCCGCGGCCUCCUCCUGGCCACCUCUGGUGUCGUUGCCCUCCAAGAGUUUAUUGCGGCCAAAUCCAACCGUGUCCAGUCGUCACUGCUCGUCCGUUGUGCCUACGUGCCCACUCGACCCAAGCAGAGCGUCGUCUGGGUCUUCACCGACACGGCGCACCCGGUUGUCGACACGACAGAUGCGCAAGCUUGUCGCAUCGACAAGGCCACCGCACCGACGUCAUGGGCAGCGCCGCGCGCGCAGACCCAAGUCCUUGCAACCAAUGUUGCGGCAGCCACCUCGAUUCGAUUCACGGCGCUCGUGGCCGACUUCGCACAGGACGAAGAAGGUCGAUGGUGGUGCUUGCAAGUCAAGGCCUUCCGCGCCGCCGAAGUCGAGGCGCCUGAGAAGCCACUCGCAAUGGCACCCAAGUGCGCGGGCCAGUUUUGCAAAGAGAGUGCGACGCCCCGCGAGAUGGGUUUGCAGCCGCUGCUGUACUACAAGGAUAUUUUACGAGGCAAUUUCUUGGCACAAAAUACGGACCUGCCAAAUGUGGCCGCUGCAUACGAGGUGUAUGCGCAGUCGUGGUCGCGCCGCGUCCGCAACCAGCUCUACAACCGCGUGCUUGUUUGCACGAAAUGUCAUGAUCGGUACAAUCAAUUACUCGUGCCAUCGAUGCCCUUGUCGACGCCGGCGUCAUCUGCGUCCUUGCAACAGCUCUUGGCGUCCAUGGAAGCCAUGGUGCCAGAGCUCGCCCCGUUGAAUACCCCGGACACUGAUCGCUCUACGCUCAAGGAUGUCGAGGAUGACGAAGCACCGAACAAUCAAGAGCCGACGCCUCUAGCCCUGUCCGAAACACAUGUCGUUCAAGACGAGACGGAGCAUGUCCAUGCCUUUGAGACGCAUGUGCCGCUUACCACUUCAGCCAAUCCGGCCCCACUCGUCGAACUCGAACGGCUCGUGACCCCCGAGACAAUCCCGUGCUCUACCCCGCAAGACUUGGCAUGUCAAUCGUCGCAAGCUACCAUCUGCAGCGCGUCGGUCGUGGUCAAGAGUGCCGCGCCACCAACGCCUCCGACACGCCGCGCCAGCGUUGUCGACUCGUUCUGGAAUCAGCUGCAGCCCGCCAAACCGCACGUCGCGCCCGUGCUUUCAGCCGUGACACCUCCGGUCGUCGUUCUCCCCAAGCACGCUAUGACAGUGGACCCGAGUCGAGUGUUUUUCGAUGAACAGUACAAACAAUCGAUCCUUGUCGAGAUGCACGCGAUGAUGGCCGAGAUGCACACAGUUGUCAUCUCUGCGACGUCCGACGACGCGACGGCGACGAUGGCGCUGCAAUCGCUCUUCCUCGAAGUGCAAGACGACUGCAUCGAAGGCAUGUACGGUCUCGACGCUGUCGACACGAUAAACGGACGUCCCCAACUCACUGUCACGCCGCACUUUUCGACCCAGUCGAGGAGCAUCUAG